AUGCUCGAUUCAACAAUGCCAGAGCCUCUUCCAAUUGCCAUCAACCCGGUAGCUCUGGUGACUACAGAAUGUAUCACCGUCACCUCAUCUAUGCGGAAGCAUGCCCGCUGGGCACACUCCUCAGUCUCCGCCAUCCUGGGCGGCAAUGGGGGCUCCCGAGUUUACGAGCGGGAUUCCUCUGCACCUCCAAGUCCACGGAAGAGCCCACAGAUCAUUAGUGGCGAGGAUGAUCAUGUUUUGGCAAAUCGGUGGGGGUUGCGAGGGAAGAAGGGGAAGAGCAUGCAAGAUAAUCCAUUGAUAUCAGCCUUCACACGCCUGCGGAGUGAUCUCAAGGCUUGUAAAGACAUUCGCAACUUUGAUACUCCAGCACUCCUCCACCCAUUUUUGCAGGUCAUCCGUUCCUCGUCGACCUCGGCUGCCAUUACCUCUCUCGCGUUGAUCGCCGUCACCAAAUUCUUUUCCUACAACAUCAUUAACCGCGACUCACCUCGACUUCCCAUGGCUAUGCAACUCUUGUCCGCCGCCAUUACCCACUGCCGAUUUGAAGCCAGCGAUUCUUCUGCCGACGAAAUUGUACUCCUACGAAUCUUGAAGCUGAUGGAAGGCAUGCUCUCGAGACCGGAAGGCGCAUUAUUGGGGGAUGAGAGUGUAUGUGAAAUGAUGGAAACAGGUUUGAGCAUGUGUUGCCAAAGUCGCCUGUCAGAGGUGCUACGAAGAUCUGCAGAAAUGGCAAUGGUGAACAUGUGUCAGGUCAUUUUCACGCGACUCUCGAAACUCGACCAAGAGACCCCAGCCGGGCCGACGUUCACAGACGAGAGUGCUAAGCCCGCGCCAUCAACCCUUAAGAUGGACCCCUCUGUGAAUGGGGAUACUGUGACUUCCCAACAUACAUCAGCCAUGAGCUCAGACACAACACCCGCAGAGCGGGAUAGCACCAGUGUAGAUGGAUCAUCUGGACAGGGUGGCACUAGCCCAACAACGGCAGGAGCCGCAGCUGCAGCGCCACCCAGUCCACGGGAAGAAGAUGAGAAUGAGGAAAUACAACCAUACUCUUUGCCUUCAAUCAGAGAGCUGUUUCGGGUAUUGAUUGAUCUCCUAGAUCCACACAACCGUCAGCAUACUGAUACAAUGCGAGUAAUGGCUCUGCGUAUUAUUGAUGUCGCUUUGGAAGUUGCUGGCCCAUCUAUUGCACUACAUCCCAGCUUAGCUGCCUUGGCCAAGGAUGAUCUUUGCCGUUAUAUCUUCCAAUUAGUUCGCUCGGAACAGCUAGCCAUUCUCACCGGCUCUCUUAGAGUCGCCGGCACAUUAUUAUCGACAUGUCGACCUGUGCUGAAAUUGCAGCAGGAGCUUUAUCUAUCAUAUUUGGUGGCUUGCCUUCAUCCGCGUAUUGAGAUCCCUCGCGAAGCUGGUAUCGAUCCGUCUCUGUACGAGGGUGUACCGCAAAACCCAAAGUUGGUGAAACAGCCGGCCUCACAGACAAACAGUGGCAGGUCGACACCUGUUCCCGUCAAAGAUCGUCAAAAACUAGGACUGGAAGGCGGUUCACGAAGACCAGAGGCUCGUGAAGCAAUGGUUGAAAGCAUCGGUGUCUUGUCGCGAAUCCCAAGCUUUAUGGUUGAACUUUUCAUAAACUAUGACUGUGACGUUGACAGGGCUGAUUUAUGCGAGGACAUGAUUGGCUUACUUUCUCGAAAUGCUUUCCCGGAUUCAGCAACCUGGAGUACGACCAAUGUGCCCCCACUGUGCCUUGACUCCCUUCUGGGGUAUGUUCAAUUCAUCUACGACCGACUAGAUGAUGAACCAGUGCAAGGAGACUACCCUCCACAAGAGCGCCUGCGUAUCCAACGCAAGACCAAGAAGCUCAUCAUCAAGGGAGCACAGAUGUUUAACGAGAACCCGAAGGCUGGAAUAGCCUACCUAGCUGAACAUGGCAUUAUCGAGGACGCGAGAGACCCCGUGUUGAUUGCUCGUUUCUUGAAAGGCACAACCCGCCUGUCUAAGAAGGUCCUUGGAGAGUUUAUCUCGAAGCGUGACAAUGAGGAAUUGUUGGGUGCAUUUGUGGACCUUCUAGACUUUUCAGGACGAAAUGUGGUUGAGGCACUGCGCGAAUUGCUCAGCUCCUUCCGUUUGCCCGGCGAGUCACCGCUCAUUGAACGAAUUGUCACUACGUUCGCUGAACAUUACACUGAAAAAGCAAACCCAGACGGAAUUGCAGAUAAGGACGCGCUGUAUGUUUUGACAUAUGCCAUCAUUAUGCUGAAUACGGAACUUUAUAACCCCAAUGUGAAGUCACAAAAUCGCAUGUCAUUCCCUGCGUUUGCUAGGAACCUGCGAGGAGUCAACGGAGGUGGUGAUUUCACAGAGCAGUUCCUUCAAGAAAUCUAUGAUUCCAUCAAGGAAAACGAGAUUAUUCUUCCCGACGAGCAUGAAAACAAGCAUGCUUUCGACUACGCCUGGAAAGAGCUUCUAUUGAAGUCGUCAAGUACCGGAGAUAUGGUGGUGGGGGAGACCAAUAUCUACGAUGCGGAGAUGUUCAAAGCCACUUGGAAACCAGUGGUUGCAACACUAUCCUACGUGUUUAUGUCUGCGUCAGAUGAUGCAGUCUAUUCGCGGGUUGUUAACGGGUUCGAUCAGUGUGCUCAAAUCGCGGCUCGCUAUGGUUUGACUGAAGCAUUUGACCGGAUUGUCUACUCUCUUGCCUCAAUCAGUACAUUGGCGACGAGCAAGCCUCCAAGUACCGCUCUUAACACCGAAGUGCAGGCAGGCAAAAAGAGCGUGAUGGUGAGCGAACUCGCUGUGAAGUUUGGAAGAGACUUCAGGGCACAGUUGGCUACUGUUGUGUUGUUCCGUGUCCUGCUGGGCAACGAGUCUGCACCCAAGGAGGGCUGGGAGCACAUUGUUCGCAUUCUCAGCAACUUGUUCAUUAAUUCGCUUAUUCCAUCCUUUGAUUCUAAGCUCACAGCCGAGCUUGAUGUUUCUCCCAUUCCAUUGCAACCCCCAUCGCAGGUCGUUGAUCGCGAUAACCGUGGUAAUGACUCAGGCUUGUUCUCCGCAUUAUCACAAUACAUUUCCAGCUAUGCGGCCGAUGAUCCUCCUGAGCCGUCGGACGAAGAGCUUGAUAACACUCUCUGCACUGUGGAUUGCGUGACUGCUUGCUCGAUAUCCGAUAUUCUUGCGAACAUUAAGUCACUCCCUCUCUCAUCGCUUGGGCGUCUUGUAGAGGCCUUGUUGUCUCAAAUACCAGAGGAUAAUGCGCCCGCAGUCAUUGUCGUGAAGCCAGAACGUCCAAGCCCAGUAUCAAGACCUGCAAAUACUCGGGUGGAUCCCAACCAACCUAAAUACGACCCGUCCAUGAUUUUCAACCUGGAGCUGGCAACUCUACUCACUCUUCGAGACGAGAAAACACUUGAGACUCUAGGAGAAUCACUUGCAACUACGCUGCAGACUCUGGUGCGCGAUGCCAAGAAUCUUCAUCCAUUGACUGUGUCGCGAAUUGUCUCCUAUCUGCUCAAUCUCUUGCGACUGAGUCACGAUAAGCAUUUCCUGCGCGUUCCUGUCGUACUGCACGCUAUCUCUGGAUAUGACCAAGACAUUUUGGAAACACUUGCUGUACCAACAGUGAGAGGCCUCUCGAGAUGCCUUGCCCAUCCAGGGCGGUUGAGAAACGAGAUAACCAUCUCUCCUGACUUCUGGUCCAUUCUCCAAAGACUGAUCCAACAUGAGGAGUCUGCCCCAAUGGUCUUCGAACUGCUUCAGAGCAUUGUUGAAUCUAUGCCUGACAUUGUCACCGCUGAUAACUACAAAUCUGCCAUCUCCCUUGCAAACGACUUCAUCAGCGCAGCUCAUGUGGGUUCCAUUAACGAGCGUCAAAGAGACGCCCGUGCUCGACGAACCAAGGGCGUUAAACAACCAAAGUCUAUAGAGAAUCAAGUUGUCACUCGUGGUAUCAAGGGUAUCGGGUUGAUCUAUCAUCUAACUGCUCGAGUUCCCACGCUUAUCAAACAGUCUCACCUGGAAAAGCGUGAAGCUUGGGCUGCCUACUGGUAUCCGAUUUUCCAUGCCCUCUCCAACCAAUGUGUCAACCCAUGCCGUGACAUCCGACACCACGCCGUAUCCACUCUUCAAAGAGUUCUGCUGUCCGCUCAGAUGAUUUCCGGUGACGACAAGGAAUGGACAAAUCUCUUCGAUGAGGUUCUGUUCCCACUCAUCUUGCGUCUUCUCAAGCCCGAGGUCUAUCACUCCGAUCCCAUCGGGAUGAGUGAGACCAGAGUACAAGCCGCAACAUUACUUUGCAAAAUCUUCCUGCGUUUCCUUGACCAGCUUCCUAACCGAGAGGGCAUGCUUCCUCUCUGGCUCCAAAUCCUCGAUAUCCUUGAUCGCAUGAUGAACAGCGGCCAAGGAGACAGCCUGGAAGAGGCGAUCCCCGAGAGCUUGAAGAAUAUUCUCUUGGUUAUGGCCGAUGGCGGCUACCUCGUACCCCCAUCUCAAGACUCCAGCAAGGAAGAAAUUUGGGUAGAGACAAGCAAGCGUCUUGGAAGAUUCUUGCCAAAUCUUUUCACUGAGAUUUUCCCCGAUGGAGGCAAGGAAACAGAUAAGCCCCAACCUGCCUCUGAGAUCUCAUCCCCUACCAAGGAGAGCCUCGACGCAAGCAAGGGGUCAGAGGAGACCGCACCAUCGGCGGAUAUUGCUGAAGCUAAGCCUGUGGAAGUCGAAUCCGGUGCUGAUGAGAAGCAAUCCUCUAAUGAGGGCACUUCGGCAUAA